AUGGCCCGGUUACACUCGCCGGCUAUUUGUAGCAAUAUAAUGUAAGUCAGAUAAAUUGGUGCCUGGGAGUAUGACAUUUCAAAAAGCAGGAAAGUACACUACACUCCCUGCCACCCCCCUGGUAAUAACAUUUUUUUUUAAAAAUUUUUUUGCAAUUCCGCCAGCCAUUUUCCUUUAGCACAAAGCAAUUCCUCUACGUCUGGGCAGCUCAAUUAGAACGCUGCAAUUGGCAUCAAAAACUCUCCGAUGUAAGUGGCCCCAAGCAGUGGGCAAAGUGUAAUAAACGACAGCGUGGACCCUAGUCUCCAAGUUCCAACCAACUGUCUGUGAUUCAAUUAACCACUACACACACACACACACACACACUGAUCCUCUUUGGUGGAGCGAACACCUGACUCCUGUAUUCACCGCUAUCUCCUCCGCCCUAGACAUCCCCGACUCCUGGAGAGAAGCUAUAAUAGUUCCGAUCUUCAAAGGCGGCCAGCCAAACAUCCCUAGGAACUAUCGCCCCAUCAGCUUAUUAUCCAUCCCGGGAAAAUAUUUGCCGCUGUUUUACUGGAGGAACUUCUCUCAUGGGUCCAGGAGAGGAACAUUCUACCGCUAGAACACAUUGGUGAACGAGUAAAGCGUCAACCAUGGACCAUUGUCUAACUCUCUUUCACCUUGCCAGUAAAUACACUGCUCCAAGGCAAGGCCACCUAUUUGCCGCUUUCAUGGACCUGGAGGCCGCCUUUGAUUCCAUUCCUAGGCAGAGAUUAUGGUCCAAACUUGCCCAUCUGGGAAUUGAUCCACACCUUCUCUCCCUAAUUAUCUCCCUUUAUUCAAACACCACAGCUCGCGUCCGAACUAGUCCAAACGGCUCCCCCACUACUCCAUUUCCAACGGCCAAGGGCGUCCGACAAGGUUGCCUCUUGGCCCCUUUACUGUUUAAUCUCUAUCUUCAUGAUGCAAUUUCCACUUUGAAGCUAGCAUCUAAGUAUCCUCCUCACUUAGCAGGCCACCCCGUUGCUUCCCUUUUCUAUGCUGAUGAUGCCGUCAUCUUAUCCAGAACAGCUGCGGAUCUAGCAAAUGCAGUUAAUGCAUUUAUCGCCUAUUGUAAGGCGGAAGCUCUUAAUAUUAAUUAUAAAAAUCGAAAGUCCUCCACUUCACUCGUUCCCGCAAACUCAAGUUGGAGCCGCUUAAGAUCACAGGUGGCUACUUAGAAAAGGUAAAAGCCUUUAAAUAUCUAGGAUUAAUAUUCACCUAUAAUCUCUCCUGGACCACCCAUCUACAAUCUGCCUUUCUCGCUGCAACCACGACCUCUAACGCCAUUGUCCGAUUUUACCACCAGAAGGGCGGCAAACACCUUCCAGCAGCAAUCCAAAUAUUUAAUGCCAAAGUCGUCCCUAAAUUAUUAUAUGGAUGUGAAGUAUGGACUACAGCAAUAUCAGGUAACCUGGAUCGUCCACUUCAUAUGUUUCUGAGAUCUCUUUCCGGCGUCCCGAGAUGUGUCUCAGGUGCAGCCCUACGACUCGAGUUCGCCCAGCCUUCAAUUGCUAGACGAGCAUGGAGCCGAGCCAUUUCCUACACCCUCCACCUAUUAGCAUCGGAUGCUCGAAUUAGAGGUGGCUUUUCCAAUCUGAUCCUAAGAGAUAUUCAUAAUUCCCCUUGGAAAACUACAAUUAACCUCAAAUUCCGCUCUCUUCUCAAUUUGAAUUGUAAAACUGUUCUUAACUUAGAGUGUAUCAGCCCGGUGGCCCUACCCCUAAUUAAAAGAAACUACAGCAACUUGACUUCUCCAGCACAGCUUCUUGUGCAAGAGGACCGUGUUCAGGCCUAG